AUGAUUUGUUAAUUUGCAUGCACUGUAUGAAUGUUAUUUUGAUAACAUUGUACCCAUAUGAUUCGAUGAUUGUCGUGAAGUGAUGCUAUAUAUGAAUUUAAUACAUUUGCUGCUCUAUUACCUGACCUGGAACGCAUUCGAAACCAUAGCGAGACAAUACAAUACUGUGGUAUAACUGUAUAUAUAUUGUGUACAUAGUUUAAGCGUCUGCAAAACCAGCUGUUCUUAUUUACAAAUGUCCAGGUGACGAGAAAGUUCGCAAUCGUGUAUCAGUAUCAGCACCAAGCUGUCGUUGUUGCUCUAUCAUAAGGGCCAAUAUGAGUUAUCUGCCAGGCACAAAUUGUAUACUUGCUAAAGUUCUCUUCGGGUGUCGUAUUGGAGACUGACUUGAACCGCAGAACUCACUCUCAGUAUACUCGUCCGCCAGCUAACGGACUUACUGGUUGCACUACCGAUCGUGGGAUCGUCCGACAGAUUACACGACUAAUCGCAAGGCAGCAGGACCAGUAGCACGACCAAUCGUGCUACUGCUAGCACGACCGGCCGUACGACCAAGUAAGACCUGUCUGCGACCUCUUACGUUUUGGAAUCUCAGGAAGGAAGUUUUAAACAAGACCAUUCACCUUCUGCGACUGAUUGUGAUCAUUCGCACACACACAACCUUUGCGACUAGUCGCACGAUCUUUCAACAAUUAGCCCGCAGUUGCAGUCAGGUCGUAUCCUGGUUGCAGGCCCGGUGUAAAUGGGGUUUUACGAUGACCUACCACCGAUCUAAGGACAAACAUUUCCGAUUGAUCCUACCUCCACUAAUUGCCACUAGUCGAACGAUCGUGAAAUCGUACGAUACGGUGUGACUGACGCCUCCUGCGGUAAAACAUUGCAUCUUAUUUUGUCGUAAGAUGAGGUUAAUUGUUAUUGAUGGAAACUGUCUAUAGUUUCUCAAAAACAUGAGUUCUAUUGUUAAACAAACACACACAAAUGAAUCAUAAAUAUAUCACUAAUAUUUUCGUCUGUAUUUUGCCCUUUGGCAGACGGCCUUAGCAAAAUACAUGAAAUAACAGAGUAAUCAAAAGGAGAUUGAAGAACUAACCCAUCUUAAUUUUACAAAACCUACGCAUCUAUUAGUUGUUUUAUGUGUGCUUAUAUGUCUAGGCCCGGCGUUUCCGCACCUUUACUAAUUCAGAAAGCGGGUUGAUGAUCCUAAACAAUCCCAUACUGGCGAGAUACAUGUUACUUACAGGAACUACAACGGAAACGUAGAAUGAUAAUUAUUUCUACUCACUAUUGUUAAAUGUUGUUUUCGUAAAGAUUCAAGAUAUUGUAAUGUUUAGUUAACUGUUGCUCAUUUAACUUUUCCUCCGUUUACAUAAGGGCUUCUAUCACAAUUAACAAAUUUAAUAACUACAAUUCUAUACAGACAGACAGUCAGAGAAUGGCACAAGGAUAUGAACAGUAGGCAAGAGCUUCACGGAUACACUCAGAUUCAUUCUUGCCAAGGAGUAAAUCCAGUGUUACAGUUAAGCAAACAUGAAUCGUCUGUGUCUGCUUGAAAAAUAACUGUAAUGGUUAAAAUGUCGUUUUUUUAUGUGACAGAGAAGUUGAUGUGUCGUUUUAGUGGAAAAGAAUCGAGCGAUAUAAUUAUGUAUUUCUUGAUAAUAUGUCCUAAUUUGUAAAGAGUAGAGACCUAUCAUUUGACCAAGGUGUUAACACUGUAGACAUUAAUGAUUAUAUUGUGUUUUCAAACUUAGAUGAUAAUGAACUGCAUAGUUUCCUUCCUGGUGAUCGAAGCGUCAUUCGUCUUAAUGGUGAUAUCUGGGAAUGUUUGAUGAUAUUAUAAAAACACAUCAAGAACGUUGAAAACAAUGUUCAAUGAAAUGAAUGACUUUUUAAAUGCCAUAUGAAUAAUGACAAAGACAAUUCAAGAAUUGCAAGAAAUAGUGUAAAUAAUAACUGCAAUACUGUACACGGAACUAAUUCAAUAAUUUUGAAUGAAAUAAUUUGUGAAAUAAUAUUGAUAACAUUGAAUAUUUAGUACGCACCAAUGAACAAAGACUGAUUAAAUAUCAUCAAUCAAAUAAAUAUUGAUUUAUGUGUCAUCAGAAGGAGGAACUAUUAUGUAAUACUCCGAUUCCCUUCUCAUCGGGCGGUAUCAUCUGUAGAUAUACAUAUUUCUCGGAGUAUGACGCAGAAUUACGGGAGGGUUUUUACUUUUUCUAAUCGCUAAUCUAACGUUUUGUUCUUGUAAGCAUCCCCCGCAUACCUACAAAUUGUAAACACAAUCUAAUAAAGAAAAAUAGAUACUGGAAUUUAUUAAUACCCGCACGUUACCAUUACCAUUUUGGAAUUAAGAAAAUCACAAAAAAAAUACCAAACCAAAAAUUUGACUUUAAUCCAUGAAGUGCUAUUUUUAUACACAAAUACAUGUAUGUGCAGAUAUUAGUAUGUACACGAUUUCGUGUGUAAUGGAAUUUUCCUUCUACAAUAUUUGAAAUAUUUUUGACAUCUUAAAUCAGUUGUUGUUGAGGCGAUAAAAAAGAUGAGACGGUGUUCACUACAAGAAUCAGAUGAGAAAUAUGAGGCCCCAAACAGACAUUUUUUAACUCCAGAAUCAGAUAACAAAGAUGAGGCGACAAAAACAAACAGACAUUUUUUAUCAACUCCAGAUUCUGCAAAUUCUGAUGACAAAUGGGAUGACACAAACAUGCAAGAUAGAAGUCACUUUACCCCAGAUCCUGAUGACAAUGAUGAUGACACAAACUCGCAAGGAACACGUCCUUUAACUCUUGGGUCCGAAGACAAAAGAAAUGACAUAAAUACAGAAGGAUUUUUUUUAUCAAAGACAGAUCCUGGUGACAGCAGUGAUGAUGCAACCUCGCAAGGACACUGUCAUUCAACAACAG